AUGGAGGCUGCCGUUCUCCGUCGCGAGGGUGGCCCUCAGCUCAGUGACGCCCCGACGCUCAGGUCCGCCUGGCCGGGGGCGGGCGAUGCCGAGGCGCUGGGGGGACGGCGCGGGCCCCUGGCGGUGGGCGCGGGGCUCCGGAACCUGGGGAACACCUGCUACGCGAACGCGGCGCUGCAGUGCCUGACGUACACCGCGCCGCUGGCGCGCUGCCUGCUGUCGCGUCGGCACGCCGAGGCCUGUCAGAGGCCCGCGUCCUGCGUCCUGUGCGCCAUGCGGGCCCAUGUGGCCCGGGCCCGCCGGUGCCGCGGAGAGGUCAUCCAGCCCGCGACGGGGCUGAUCGCCGGCUUCCACAGACACAAGCAGGAGGACGCGCACGAGUUCCUCAUGUUCACCGUGGACGCCAUGCAGCAGGCCUGCCUGCGUGAGCCCGAGCGGCGGGGCCGGCGCUGCGGCGACAGCACCCCGAUCCGCCGAAUCUUCGGAGGGUACUGGAGGUCCCAGGUCAAGUGCCUCCGCUGCCACGGCGUUUCCGACACUCUGGACCCGUACCUGGACAUUACCCUGGACAUCCAGGCGGCGCAGAGUGUGACCCAAGCUUUGGAACUGCUGGUGAAGCCCGAAAAGCUGGAUGGUGACAAUUCGUAUCAUUGCGGCGUUUGCCUCGAGAAGGUGCCUGCUUCCAAGACGCUGACUUUGCACGCUCCCUCCGAGGUCCUCAUCCUGGUCUUGAAACGGUUCUCGGAUUUCACAGGCAGCAAGUUGGCCAAGGAAGUGCAAUAUCCUGAGCACCUUGACAUGCGACAGUACCUGUCCCAGCAGGACGCAGGACCCCUCGAGUACGAGCUCUACGCCGUGCUGGUCCACGCCGGGGGGACCUGUCGCAGCGGACAUUACUUCUGUUACAUCAAGGCCGGGAACGGCCAGUGGUUCAAAAUGGAUGACGCUAAGGUGACCGCCUGUGAUGUCUCUUCUGCCCUGAGCCAGGAUGCUUAUGUCCUCUUUUACAUCCAGAAGAGGGAAUUGCAAAGAGACGGCGGGAGUGUGUCGGCAGGUGAGGAACAGAGGUGUCACUGGGCCGAGCGCACAGGCACACGAGCAACCCCGCAGGAGCCUGAGACGGAUUCCGAAGUCACGGGCCCUGAGGCGGAGGAGCCCGAGCGAGGGACAUCAGGCGAACAGGUCACCUUGGAGCAGUGGAGACUCCUCCAGGAGCAGUCGCGAGCGGAGCCUCAGUUCAACCUCAGGAGAAUCGAACGAGCCCUGCCCGCCGACGCAGUCGUGAUCCAUGCGUCCAAGUUCAGCGGCGGGGUCACCGAGAAUCGUCCGGAACAGGAAACCCGGCUGCUCAGAGAUGCAGCCGGGGACGUCCCCCCUCAGGGGGCCAGACACAGCGGCCGAGUCCCUUGCCUCGGAGGGAGAGCCAAGGCUACCAAGAGGAAGAAGAAGGGGUGGCGGCCUCUGGACGUGCUCCAAUAA